AUGCCAGCACCAGGGCAGGAAAGGAGGGACGCGCUGGCCCCCGGGGGUCUGCGCGGGGAGGGGUGUGGCCCUGUGUGUGGCCCUAGCUGUCACCGGCCGGAAUUCCGCCACUGCAGGCUGGACGCGGAGCGCGUGCCAGUGCUGUCCACUCCCCUCCGACGGCGGUUCGAGUCCCUGGGUGUGAGCGUCUGUCGGACAGGGGCACCAGUGCUCUUCAAGGAUGUGGCCCUGUACUUUACACAGCAGGAGUGGAAGCUGCUGAGUCCUGCUCAGAGGGACCUGUACAAGGAAGUGAUGCUGGAGAACUAUGAGAACUUGACCUUCUUAGACAAGAAUAAAGGAUGUCAAGAGAAGGCACAACUUCCGAAGUCGGGCAGCUCACGGACACCAAGGCAAGAGAAGGUGCUGAAGCCGACCCAGGGCAGUGCGCCCUUGCGCAUGAGCACAGAAGCAGAAAGUCAGGACAGGUCAUCUGUGGAUGAGAGGAAAUCCGGCCCAAGUGUGGCUGCAGAGUCUCGCCAAACCAGCCCACCUGGCCAGGAAAGGCACGAACCCACGGCCUUGGCGACCCCAUCAGGUCACACAUCAGCAGUCAUAGCAAGAGCGGGUACCGCUCGAGGAAAGGAGAUUCCGCAGAACGAUGGGCCUGGCAAAGCCCAGAAUGCAGUGCGCGUCACCAAGCGUCGCCAGACUGCCAGGAAGGGGAAGAACCACUUUAAGUGUCGGGAAUGUGGGAAGACCUUCAACCAGACCCUGCACCUGGUGGAACACGAGCGCAUCCACUCGGGGGAGAAGCCCCACAAGUGCGACGCCUGCGGGAAGUGCUUCCGCCACAGCUCCUACUUCUUCACGCACUACCGGAUCCACACGGGGGAGCGGCCCUACAAGUGCAAGGUGUGCGGGAAAGCCUUCAACAGCAGCUCUACCCUCAGCAGUCACCACCGAAUCCACACCGGGGAGACACCCUUCAAAUGCAACGAGUGUGGCAAGACCUUCAAGCAGAGCACCAAGCUGACACGUCACCACAGGGUGCACACCGGCGAGAAGCCCUACAGGUGCAAUGAGUGUGGCAAAUGCUUUGGCCGCAACUCUUCCCUGAGGGACCACAAGCGGAUCCACACGGGAGAGAAGCCGUACUGCUGUCAGGUGUGUGGAAAACACUUCCGGGUCAACUCACACCUCGCGGAGCAUCUGCGGCUCCACCAGGAAGAGCAGACCUUCCAGUGCAAUGAGUGUGGCCAGUUCUUCCGGAACGGCUCCCACCUGUUGGAGCAUAAGCAGCUCCACGUGCCAGAGAUGCGGGAGGAGUGCCUGGAGUGCGGGAAAGUCUUCUCCAGCAAGGAGGCCCUCCUCCAUCACCAGAGAAGCCACACGGAGGAGCCCUUGUACCACUGCCAGGGCUGCGGCAAAGACUUCCGCUGUAAGUCGAGCAUCCAGCGGCACAAGCGGCUGCAUGCGGGGCAGAAGCCCUUCGUGUGCUUCCAGUGUGGGAAAGGAUUCACGGACAGGACCACCCUGAAUAAUCACCACAGAGUCCACUCUCAGGAGAGAACCGAUCCCUGCGGGAAGUGCGGUAAAUCCUUCAAGCACCUGGCCUCUCUCAUGUCCCACCUCCGGAUACACGAGGAUGAUGAGCCAUAG